UCCGCUUCCUCCUCCUCUAGUUGAGUCCGCAACAUCCUGACUGGCCGAGCCUGGUGAUCGGCAGCGGCGAGCCCCCCACAAGACGGAUGAAUUAGAAAACCUGCUAAAACCGCGUCCUUUAAAAAUACCAAAACCAAAACAUAAUCAUCCUCUACAUCGAAGAUUCUGGCUUCAAACGCCGCUGCCGCAUCUUGACAGCGUGAAGCGGAUACAAGGCUUCCAGCCUCUGCAGGUCCACCAUGGGGAUCAAGGCUGCCCUCCCCAGAUAUGAGCUGUAUCUCUACUCAGCGGUGCUCGCUGCAGCCUUGAUAUGGGCAGGCAGUUGGAUAUCGGAAGCUUCAAGUGAGAAUGUGAACAGAAAGGCCUUCAAAGAAAGUGUGAAACCUGGAUGGCAUUACUUUGGCAGGAAAAUGGACGUUGCAGACUUCGAGUGGAUGAUGUGGUUCUCUACAUUCCGCAAUCAUAUCCUUUUUGCUCUCAUGGGUCACGUUGUCUUUGCCAAGAUAUUCACCCUCUUGGCUCCAAAGAUUGGUAUUGAUGGAUGUAAGCACAGAUCCUUGAUCUUUGCUGUGUACGGUUGUUUGGCAGUGCUGAUCACGAUGGGCUGGACCUUCAUGGCCCUGGUCCUGUCUCACUGCGUCGUACUCUACAGCUUCGCCCUAGUCAAGAAGAAGUGGCUGAUCUUUGCGGCUGGCCUUACCACGCUGGCCUCCAUCAAGCUGGAGCCCUAUAACUCCUGGCAGGAAGCCCUGGUGACGGGCUCUUUCGACCUGCAGGACAUCCUGUUUUAUGGAGGAUGCGGCUUCAGCAUCAUGCGCUGUACGAGCUUUGCGUUGGAGAACUGCGAGAGGAAGGACGGCAACUACACAUUCUCCGACCUGCUGCGAUACAACUUCUACCUCCCGUUCUUCUUUUUUGGACCUAUCAUGACUUUUGACAGGUUCCAUGCCCAGGUGAACAACACCCAGCUGACCCGCAAGGAAAGGGAGCUGUGGAACAUCACCACCAAGGCGUUGCAGCAUCUGGGGGUUAUUCUGGUGGUGGACGUCUUCUUCCACUACCUCUACAUCUUGACUAUCCCCAGUGACAUGAAGCUGGUGUCCAAGCUUACUGACUGGAGUCUCGCUGGUCUGGCUUAUUCCAAUCUGGUGUAUGACUGGGUGAAAGCUGCCGUGAUGUUCGGUGUCAUCAACACUGUGGCUACACUGGACCACCUGGACCCCCCUCAGCCUCCCAAGUGUAUCACCAUGCUCUACGUCUUUUCCGAGACGCACUUUGACCGAGGCAUCAACGACUGGCUGUGCAAGUAUGUUUACGACUACAUUGGCGGGGAUCACGAUAAAAUCUUCAAGGAGCUCCUGGCGACCAUCUGCACUUUCGCCAUCACCACCUUGUGGCUUGGCCCGUGUCAGCUGGUUUACAUCUGGUCCUUUUUCAACUGCUUCGGCCUCAACUUUGAGCUGUGGGUCGCCAAGUUGUUCUCCAUUCCGCCAUUUUCUACCAUUGAAGGCUUGAUGGGUGAAGGCAUGUCACGCAGGAUCCGGGGUGUGUUCAACGCUGCCAACUUCUGGACCAUUGUCCUCUACAAUGUCCUCGCCCUGAACAGUUUGGAGUUUGCCAAACUGGUGGGAAGACGACUGAUUUUUAAAGGUUUCCCUCUGUCCACCCUCUCUGUGCUACUCGUGACCUACUGUGGCGUGCAGCUGGUGAAGGAAAGGGAGCGACAACAAGCCCUGCUGGACGAUCCGGAGCCGGUGAAGGCCGUGGACGGGGGCAAAGAAAAAGCAGAAUAAACCCCUCCGAAAAACGGACUGUCGCAGACUUCACGGUCAACCGCCGCCACCCGUCCCCUCCUCGCCUCACCUCCACGCAUUGUUCCAUCCUUGGCUUUGCAAACUGUACCUAACCGGACUGUAACAGCCAGUCAGCCACUGAAUUGCUCACAAGCCUAUAAGUCUUUUAUAUUGCCUUUGUCACAAGUGAGGCAGCAUCUUGAACUGUGAAAUGUCCUCAAGUGCACUUGAUGUAGAUAAUCAUCACGUCUUUUGGCCCAAAUCCACCGACCGGCAGUAUUUUAGCCUGUUCAUCAAAUGCCAGGCCCGCUAGAUAUUUUACAAUGCUAAACCUAAUAAUGUAGAUGAAGAAAACCCACGUUGUUAAGGAAAGAAUAAUUGUCUCUGUUUAGAUGUCUCCUCUGUUCACUUAUGAUUUUUUCAUUAGAAGUUCAGGCAUCACAAUGUUGACCACACUGAAAGGUUGAAAAACUUGAAAUCAGGGCGCAUGGAGUGCAAUAUAGAAAAUAAACCAAGGCUGCUCCACAUAGCUGAUUUUAAAGCAUAUUUGCUCUACUGUUACGAAGCACUGACAUAAGUCAAAAGGUGAGAAUAGUUAGUGGAUGGAGAAUGUUUUAGCUCUAUUGAACGUAGAUAAACCGUCCACAGAGCUUUCUACCUUACCGACUACCUUAGCUGUGCCUUUUCACUGUGUCUUUCCUCGUCCCUCGUUGAUACGAUGCAGGCUGCAGUGCUCCGACAAAGGCCAGAGGCUCCUUCAUUGAAUGUGGGUCGCUCUCUCAUGCUGCCUGUGAGGGAACAGAGAGAACAAACUAACGUUGGAGGAAGAUUGUAAUGCCUUUUCUAAUUUGAGGGGUUUCUAUUCAAAGGAGUUUGUAACUAUUCGACUUGAAAUAAAGUCUCAUCUAAAAGUGA